AUGAGUUCCUACAUUAGGUUUUCAUCAGAAGAUUAUGAAAAUACAAAACGACGAAUUAACCAACUUAAAGUAUCAGAGUUAAAGAGUGUCUGUCGAUCUUUGGGGGUGAUAGUCGGGGGUAGAAAAGACGAGCUUAUACAAAGAAUUAUAUGCUAUUUCAAAGUUGGAAGAGAUGUCAACGAUACUAUACGACUCAACGCAGUGAGAGAUUUGGUCUUUGGCAUCAAAGACAAUGAGGCAUUACCAAAUUACAAUGACCUUUACCAUUACUACGAAAGCAGGAGUAUUCCUCAUGCUAUGACUCCACAUGUCCCUUCCAGUGAAGGGUUACACUCACAGGAUUCCGUACCGGUAAGGGACCACCACAUCAAUUUCAUCAAUAAUCCAUUUUUCCGUUUAAUAAGACAAGUGCAUGUUUCUCCAGGAGUAUGUCCACCAAAAGAGAGCAAAGGUGAGUGUAGGAUUAAUUUUGUAUUUAAUACGGAGGAGUAUAAUACAUUGAAAAGAAAAGAUCCCAGUAUUAGGAUAUAUUUGCUUUGUGGCAGAAAGAUGAGUAAAGGACGAACAUCUGAUGAUGUUGAGAUCGAGUAUCCCAUACCCCAUGGACUUCUUGUGAAUGGAGAGAAAUUACUCAACAACAACUACCAAGGUAUUCGACAUAAAUCAGGAACAGCAAAACCAGUAGAUCUAACAGACUAUUUACUAUCGCCUCCCAAGCUGAAUAGGAUACGUCUUUAUUAUACAGACAAAGAAGAGACCUACUAUGUUUACUUGUACUUUGUGAGAGUGAUACCUUUUGAAGCCGUUAUUAAUAAAAUCCUAAGCAACCCUAAAAUCCUUAAGAGUCAUACAAUACGACAUAUUAAAGGAAAUACAGACGAUCUGCACUCGGAUGGUAUUGAAAUACAGGAUACAUUGUUAACCUUACGAGAUCCCUACACAUAUACGCGAAUAAAAACGCCAGUCAAGACUCUCAAGUGCAAGCACCUUGAAUGCUUUGAUGUAAGGAUUUUCAUGACCCAGCAGUAUGAGUCGCCAACUUGGGAAUGCCCAUACUGCUCAUGUCCUCUAGACGUAUCCGAAUUGGCCGUUUGUGAGUAUUUUGAGGAAAUCCUCAAGAACACCGGUCCAGAGGAUGUCUAUGUGAAAAUAGCAAAAGAUGGGAAAUGGAGCCCAUACGUCGAGGAAGAGGAUCCAAGAAUAAAAGUGAAAGCAGAGGAUCGUGAUCGACACAGUGUUGUGCACGAUGUCGUGACUUUGCUGAGUGACGAAGAGGAUGAAGAUUUAGAGAUUCCGAGAGUUACCACAACCACAACUACAAGCAUAGGAGCUUCACCUCUGCCUAGUGGUCACGCAGAGGUAACCCCUGCACCUACUCCAGAUGCUUUCCAUAAUGCUGCAGGCAAUGGCCCUACCAUUGCUAGUAACGUUCAACCUUGUGUUGCUGUAAACGGGAGCUCGACCAGUACUAGUGGUAUUAAACCUCAAGACAAUCCCGACGCUACAGUUGGGGUCACGCAGCAUGUAGAUCGGGUGGUUUCUUCUGCUCCAAUCAACACAAGUCAUACUACUAAUGGACAAGUUACUGUUGAAGUGUCUCACAGUCCAUCUUCGGCACUGGAACAAAUCCAGAAUCAUCAAUUGCAACAACGGCAACAGCAACAACAGCAACACAACAUUCAGAACAUUACUGACCGGAAUGCUUUUGUCCCGGAUCAGCAACAGCUAGAGCAGCACAUCCGCCAGUUGGUACAGCAGCAGCUACAGAUGCAAUCACAAGGACAACAGCAGUUGCCUUCACUGCAGGUAUCUUUAGGGCAAUCUCAACAGCGAUUGCAUACUCGUCUGUCUUUGCAGCCAGUUCCCCACAAUUCCCACUUGUUGACCCAACAACAAACAACGGCACUGCAGGGUUCAGCACAGACUCUUCCUCCUCAAGAACAAUAUCAAAGAUUUGCUCAAACACGGGGGGCACUACAUCAGCCCCAUAUUAUUGAGAAUAAUAUUGGAAAUCAGGCACUGAUACCGUAUCGAUCUUCAGAAUCAGGCCAACCUAGCUUGGGAGAAAAGAAUAAGAUUUCUACUACAAAAUUACCAGAACUGGGAUUACAAGGACAGCCUGCAAAUCUUACUCCACUUUCACUUUUGGAUGCGUUUAAAGGUGUAAGUGAGCAGCGACCUUCGGAAAGAAAGGACCAACACAAAGACAAGAGUCUUAGCAAGCAGAACGCUGAGCAUGGUGAUAUUGACAAACAGGGCGACAAUCAGAAAAACCUGAUUAACAAUACCGACCAAUUUUUGGGUAGUCUAGGUUUACUUCCGAAUCUAAACCAAGACGAAAAUGCUGGUUUAAAAAACGAUCAAGCGAUACUGGGUGGUAAGGAGAAACCUUGCUUGCAAAAUGACAACAAAGAAAGCGGCACUAUAAGCAAUGAGGUACCAACCGAGGUUCUGAAGAAUAAUGCAAACAAAAGUAUACCUGCUUCAACAUUAAGAGAAAUUUCUGAAAACAAAAAGGAAAAUAAUGAAGGUGGCGAAACUAACCUUAGUGAACAACCAAAGCCUCAAAGCGCAGAUUCAUACUCCAAUAUUGACCUUACCGAUCCAAGGGUGCAAGUUAAGAAAGGUCAACCCGAGAUACCCACCGAAGAAUAUAAACAGCCAGUGGAGAAUAUAGAUUCAGACACUGAAAAAUUUUUUGUGGAGGAACUAACGCCCAUGGAGAUAGACGAUGAGGAAAACCAAAAUGCGAGGCUGACAUCGACCGAUGAUCGAAACGAGGAACAAACACUGAUUAGUGAAGAUGAAACAGGUACCACUAAUCGGGCAACAAUUCAACCUAGAGUUUCAUCUGAAGUAUUGCAAGCGGAAGCUGUCGCCCCACUAUCUCAAUCAGCGAAUCAAUCGCCUUUUGCUUCAACACACAAACCACAGCAUCCUUUGACAAGUACAGUAUUGCAAGAAUCACACAUUGCACUGAGAAAAUACCAGACCGAGUCUGGCCCAUCAAACAGCCUUCCGCAAAUGUACGAUAGAGCAGUGUUUGCAGCUGUUCGUGAGCAAUUAGAUCAACACUUGAUGAAGUUUGAUAGAGAUACGCAGGCAAUACUUCAACUUGUAAUGCGGAAAUAUACCCUAACUCCACCUCAGGAGAAGGCUGUGUUGGAUCAAGUAAGGGGAAAUAGAGAGAAAGAGAGGCAGGUGGCCACGAUUGAUUUUGUGCGAUCAUGCAUUGAUCAAGUUAAAAGACGGUUCAGAUAUAAUGUUGGAUCAGAACAAGAUAUGUCUCAGCGUCAAGUUCAUCCACUGCGACAGAGCCAAGAAGUGCCUAGAUAUAUCAAUGGCAGUGCUCUGUUGAUAAACACUCCCUCAAUCCAAGGAGUCAAAUCUGUUAAUUAUCACGGCGGUAUUCAAUCUCUGACGCAAAUUGGUACGUCUCCUACUAUAGAGCAGGUGCCAAAACCAAAUCAUGUCCCAAUUGCUCCUGCGCCAGCUCUGAUUAACGCCAAUAGACAAGAUACGUUUAGUUUGUUUUCCAGACAUCAGCCAAAUGUGUAUGGUCAGAGUCGCGGAGUCAGGAAUGCGGCUCAGCAACAAACUGUCAAUCCAACCAGAAAUGUGAAUUUAGGGUCUCAAAAUUUGCAUGAAGGAGUGGGAUAUGCAACUGAUCCAUGUCAGUCGUUGAUGAACCCUCGUUAUCAAUGGCAGUAUCGCCGCAACAAUCCAUUAACCUCAGGCCCUAUACCAUCUCCAUCUAGUACACUGCAAUCUCUACUCGCAAUGAACCACAGUCCAUUUACCAAAAGCCUAUCUGCCAACACGCCAACAAGCACACCACCAACCAAUCAACUUCAAAAAGGUCAAUUCAAAAUUGACGAUUCAUUUUUUGUUGACGAUUCAAGUCCUCUGAAUUUUGUUAUCCCUGCCGAUGAUAUGACAGAAGAUUCAACGGUGCUACAAUCAGAUGGGGAUUCUUUAGUGAAAGAAACAGCCACCAGGAAAUCAACAACUGAGAGCAGUGGAGGAAGCCACGAAUCAAGCAAGAAGGAGCAAUUGUUAUUUGGAGAAAUGGAAACUUGGCCCACCGAAAAACAAAAGUUGAUGGAUAUAUUGGACUGUAAAUUGGGGAGCGGAAAAUUAAUGAGUAAAUUUCUGUCAUAUCAAGAAUUAACCCCGGGACCAGAGGAAAUGAAACCCGAAGAGAUAAAACGGCUAGGAGACGCAUGGGCUAAAGACUUGAAAGAAAGAGAGAGAAGAAUAGAGGAAAUGGUUUCAUUUGGAAGUUCAACAGACCCAAUAGUUCUCGAUUCCAGUGAUGACGAAUAA